UCAAGUGAAAGAAUCGCUCAUUAUUGGGUAAAGUGACGCAAAUUGUCAGCUUCACUCAAACUUGAAUUCAUUCUGUGAUUGUAAUUUCUCGUCGUUGUUGGUCUGAAAUGGUUCAGCCUUCCUCGUUUGUUACCAACUUGGUCCAUUCGUCUUCGCACUGGAAAGGGACCAAGCGGCAAUCAGUCUCACGAAAGAACAAUGUUGCACAUUUUUGUCCCAAAGAGACAAGCCGUUUCUCCCAAGCAAGUGGAAGAACAAAGUGUUGUCACAAGCAUGGAAGCGAGACCUUUUAUAGAAAUGAAGCAGCUUCUAACAAUGAACUUUCAGGAACGGCUCGAGUGGAACUUUCGGAACAUAACGAGAGACUUGCGUUGAGUAGUUAUCCAGCGGUGCCUUUUCCACAGCAUCUAUCAAGCAACCAAGCUUCCUUGUCUCUUUUGGCCACAGCAAUUGUAGCUACUUUAGGGCAGUGGUUUGGGAAACUUGUUAGGAGUAAAGCGAAAGACGUGGACUUGCUUUCCCCACAAUUUUUGCAAGCCAACGGUAGUGCAGGUAGUACCGAUGGAUCUGCUUCAGUAGGUGCAGAUGGAAUUGCCAAGGCUUUACCUCCCAAGAACGAGCUGAAAAAGAUCCUUCCGUUGGGUGUCAUGUUUUUUAUGAUUCUAUUCAAUUAUACUAUCCUGAGAGAUACAAAAGACGUUCUCGUAGUGACAACUACAGGAGCAGAAAUCAUACCGUUUCUUAAAACAUAUGCAAAUCUUCCUGGAGCAGUCUUAUUUACUAUUGCCUAUUCAAAGUUAUCGAAUAUGUUUGAUCGGGAAACUCUAUUUUAUGUUUGUAUCGUUCCCUUUAUAUUAUUUUUCCUAUCAUUUGCUUUUGUGCUAUACCCGUUGAGACAUGCACUUCAUCCUUAUGCCUUUGUGGAUUGGAUAGCUGGUUAUCUUCCCGCUUCCUUUUUUGCUCCUUUGGGAAUCAUUCGCAAUUGGACUUUUGCUUUGUUCUACACCCUUGCCGAAUUAUGGGGAUCUGUUGUUGUAUCCUUGCUGUUUUGGGGUUUUGCUAAUGAAGUAACUUCAGUAGAUGAGGCAAAAAAGUAUUAUCCUCUGUUUGGCUUGGUUGCGAAUGUUGCUCUUAUUUUUUCAGGGCAGUAUGUACGAUUUGUUUCAGAUAUUCGUCGAAAGUUACCACCUGGUGUUGAUGGUUGGGGUGUUUCAUUGAAAUAUUUGAUGACAAUGAUAGGAGUUGCUGGUUCAGUCAUCAUUCUUGCAAUGCUAUAUAUUCAGAAAAAUGUGCUGACCGAUCCCAAUUGUGUGGAUAUGAGUAAAAGAAAGAACACUAAACAAAAGACCAAGCUGGGCUUAAAGGAGAGUGCUGUUUAUCUGGCCAAGUCAGCUUAUAUUCGGAACUUGGCUUUGUUAGUCAUUGCGUAUGGUAUGUCGAUUAAUAUUGUUGAAGUAUCAUGGAAGAGCAAGUUGAAAGAAGCCUUUCCUGAUCCUAAUUCUUAUUCAACCUUUAUGGGUUGGUUCUCAACUUGUACUGGUUCGGUAACACUUAUCAUGAUGCUUCUUGGUCGAUUUAUUUUCCGAAAGUUUGGUUGGGGAUUUGCAGCUCUUAUUACUCCAACUGUUUUGGGUAUUACUGGCUUUUUAUUCUUCUGUUUAACUCUCUUUAGUCGCCAGUUGCAUCCAGUCGUUGGAAUGCUUGGAACGACACCUUUGAUGCUUGCAGUGCUUGUUGGUGCUGCACAAAAUAUUCUUUCUAAAUCGAGCAAAUAUUCGUUGUUCGAUCCUUGCAAGGAAAUGGCUUAUAUUCCAUUGGACGCUGAACAGAAAUCUAAAGGAAAGGCUGCAAUCGAUGUAAUUGGCAAUCCUAUGGGCAAGUCUGGUGGUUCGUUUAUUCAACAGGGUCUUAUUUUUGCAGUGGGUUCUUUAGCAGCCUCAACACCCUAUCUUGCUUUUAUAUUGUUUGUUAUUGUUGGUAUGUGGAUAGCAGCAGCUCGUUCUUUAGACAAACAGUUUCAAGAAGCCAUGAAACGUUCAGAAGUUGCAGAAGUGAUGGCGAAGACAGGAAUCCAGGAUCCUAUAGAAGCCGCCAAAGUUGCAAAAGAGUCCAAACAAUGAAUGAAGCAUGGCGUUGUGUGGUUGAUUGUGGGUAUUUUUGUUGAAAGAGUCGUUUAAAAGACAGAUAAAUCGUUUUUCUUUAUGAAUUUUUUUGGGUCGUGAUAUGGUUUGAUAAAUGUAAAUAGAAAAUC